GCCUGGCCUUUGACUCGUGGGACCUGGAAUUCUACACGCAGCUCUUCCAGAGGGCCGGCAGGAAUCCGACCUCGGUGGAGCUCUUCGACCUGGCCCAGAGCAACAGCGAGCACAGCCGCCAUUGGUUCUUCCGCGGUCACGUGACGCUGGACGGCGCCCCCCGCGGCCGCAGCCUGUUCCGCUCCCUGAUGGACACGCAGGGCUCCUCCCACCCCAACAACGUCAUCAAGUUCUGCGACAACAGCAG